AUGUUCUGCUUGCGAAGCUGGCUCCCGCUCCUCUUCAUCCCGACCAACGCCUCUCCCGCCUUCAUCUUCCUCUUCUUCAUCUGCACCUACUUCCUCAACCGACCCUGCGUCUACUGCAGCUUCCUGCUUCUCAUCCUCUUCCUCACCUCGUGUAACUGGUCCGACCGUUGCUUCUUCGACUUCAGCAGCAACUGGUUCCAACCCCGCCCACCGACCUCCCUCUCCACCUCCCCGAUACCCGACAUCGAUCCGAACGCGAGCUUCAAUGCCACUGUCGUCGAGGUGAUCAACUCGACUGCCAGCGCCCUGGCCGGUGCUGCUGCCGAAGAGCUGGCACGUCAAAGACAGGAGUGGACCGGCUUGGGCAUCGAGUGGCUGCGCAGUCUCCUGGGACGGAGGGAAUGGCGGGUUGAGUGUCUAGACAUCAACAUCCGACUGUAA